AUGUUGGAAGCGACUCGGCGAUGGUUCCGCCGGAAUAGGACGCCUCUUGCCAUCGGCGUCGGAGUCGUCGGCGCUGGCUACGUCGUGACGCAAUAUGUUUUGGGCAAGAUCAACGAUGCGCGGGAGCGCAUGGGCAGCGACCGUAUCGCAAAGGAGAAUCUCCGCCGUCGAUUCGAGCAGAACCAGGAGGAUUGCACCUUUACCGUCCUCGCCCUCCUCCCUUCGGCAACGACCAACAUCCUCGAAGCCAUGAACACGGAGAAGAUCACGUAUGAGAUCCAGAAGAUGAAGGGUCAGACAAAGAGCCUCAAGGCCGGUGAGAGCGUCAGCCCCCCAAGCAUCGCGGAUACCACCAUGACCGAGGACGACGGCCGGAGCAUGGUCAGCAGCAGUGUUCAGAGCGAGAGCGGCGUGCACGCGAGCAUGGUGACAGUGCCGAGCGCGACUUCGGCACCCGCGGGAGGCGCCGAGGGUGGUGCAUCGCAGGAUGGAGGCGCUGCGGCGGCGGCGGCGGCGCAGAAGAACAAGAAGUCCAAGAGGCAACUGUGGGACGACUUAACGAUAAGCUCCAUCACAAGAGCGUUCACAUUGCUAUACACUCUCGCGCUGCUGACAAUGCUGACGAGGGUCCAACUCAACCUCCUCGGCCGUCGCAGCUACCUGUCGAGCGUGAUAUCCCUCGCUACCGGCACCGCGCAGGCCACCAUUAGCCUCGAAAACAACGACGACGAUGGCCUCGACCAGCCCUACGGCAACGACUUUGAGACAAACCGCCGGUACCUGACUUUCAGCUGGUGGCUCCUUAAUGAGGGGUGGAAGGAGCUCAGCCAGCGCGUCGAGGCCGCCGUUCGCCAGGUCUUUGGCCACCUCAGCCCGCGCGACCUGCUCAGUUUCGAGCAGUUCUCGGAGCUGACGCUUGCGGUCCGUAAGAUCAUCGAGGGUGCCACCCCUGAGGAGCGUAGGGCGGCGACAUGGCUGCCCUACCUCCUCCCGCCGCGGGACCGCGAGGAUCACGUCCUGCGUGAGUCGGGCAUUCUCGAGGAGAGCAUCGUAGUGCUGUCCGAGAGCACCACGUCGCAGUCGCCGUCGUCGUCACCCGCAGUGAGGAGGCUCCUCGAUGAGACGUCGGACCUUAUCGAGUCCCCUUCCUUCACGCACGUACUCACCCUUAUCCUCGACGCGGGCUUCUCCCUACUUGUGGACAAGAAACUCGCGUCCGCAGCGUUCGAUAAGCCCGACCUGGCGCAGUCUGAGCCGCGAACAUCACAGGUUGUGCUACUGCCCAAGAUCCUCUCGGUGCUCACGCGGCAAGCGCACGUCAUUGGCAACGGCAUGCCUAACGAGUAUCUCCAGGAGAUGGAGCAGGUAGCCGACCUCGAGGGGUUCGCGGCCGUAGUAUAUUCGAGCAACUGGGAGAACGAGAUUCACGACGAUGAGGGUGGCAUCAUGGCGAGCGCCGUGGACGUAAGGGCGAGCCAGGGUACUACGACCGCCACCAACAUCCCCAGCCAGACGCAGGGGACGACGCAGGGGACCGGGGAGGAGAGCGUCGUCAUGGUGAACCCGGCAACCAGCUUCGAGAGCGCAUGGGGCCGGGCUGUGGAUAAGAAGUAG